AUGGCUGCGACACCGAGCUCCGCGGCGGCUUUAUCACCCCCAAGCUCCCCAGUCGCCCCCGACAAGUCUUUUAUGACCAACGUCACCGAAGAUGAGGACACCAAGAUGAUGGACGCGACCCCGGAGCCUUCAGAGAAGCAGCCACGCGGUCGCGGCAAGGGCGCACGCGAAUCCCUCGCCCAGGGGUCUAUGAUAGGAAAGAUCAGGCAUCUGAAGAAAGAAGAUGGCGAGCCCCUCUGGCGGAAGGACAUACAGUACGAUUUUCUCAAGGCCGUCUUCGACAACGAGGAGAAAGUCUUCACCAACAGCUACGAUGACACCAUGGAGAAGCAGUGCUUCGCUGAUCUCUACAUCGACACCAUGUCCAGGAGCAGCAAGACCAGCAAAGUCCUGCGCGACAAGCUGCUUAGCGAUCGCGAUGCCGCCAAGGGCAUGGCCAUGGUCUGCUUGCUGGUCAACAUUGGCCGCAUGAACACUACUCUCAACUUCUUCCCCGAAAUGCGAGCGCAACUUCGAACCUAUCAUGCCAUUCCUUCCCUCCAAGCUCACCAAGAUGCCCAUGCCUACAAACAGCUUCAGGACGCCCCGCGACUCAAGUCUAUUCUCAAGGGUGGAGCUGAAGACCGAUCCGAGCCCAAUUCCCUCGACAAGAUCAAAUCUCUCAACGUUCCGAGGACCAACCCGGUCAAUAUGCUCUUUGUAAUUUGCCAAGCUGCCGCUAAGAUCGCCGAGCUGCAUUUCCCUCCCGGUCGCGAGUUCCACGACCUCAUCAUGAAGACCAACUUUACCAGCAAGUCUCGGGCUGCCGCCUUUCUCUGGGUCAUGUGGUUCUAUCUCGAGUCAGACUUCACCGAAGAGGGUUGCGAAGAGAAUCCGUUUGGCCCCGGCGUCGACUACGGCGUGGAUGUUGCCAACCAAGGCGUACCCGAGCUGAUCGAGAUGGACCCUGCGGAGGAAGCCGAGGAGAACGUCGACCCUGAGGAAGAGGUGGCUUUUGGCUACGAGAAGCAGAAGAUGCGCGCAAAGAUCAUUGCGGCCGAUCAGCAGUACGUGAGCGAAAGCCAGCCUAAGAGGGGUUCCCGCGCCCCUCGGUCUUCUGCCGUCGGCGAGGACGGCCCCGGGUCUGCCAUUCUACCGCGUAUUCGCCCUUCGAAGCACGAGAGCGAUAUCGACAGCAGCCGCUCGACGCCGCCCCCACGCGCCCUGGCUAGAACGCUGGGCGGUGGCUCCAGCCGGAGGAGCGGGCCGCUCAAAUACCAUCACAUGUUUGACGGUUCGUCGCCCGGCGGCCCGACGCCGUCCGGUAGCGUUCCCAGCCGCAAGCCAAGGCCGCCUACGGCGCAUCAGAUCGCCGUGGAGGAGAACAGAAACCAGCGGGUCGAGUACAUUCUCGACAGGGGCGUCCGCAAGAAGCACCACCAAGCUCGAAAGUCGCGUCGCGCCGAGGGCGCCAUCAUCCGGGCCUACAACCGGCUCCAGGAGAUGCAAGACCCCUUCGAGGACAGCGAGGGCGAGGACAGCAUCCUCUGGAACAACACGCGCCUGCUCAUGGGCAUAGGGGCCCCGCGCGCCAACGAGACGGGCGGCCCGUUCCGCGACCGCGGCCACGGCGGGCUCUGCCUCCUCGUGACCGAGGAGGACGACUUUGGCGAGGAGGUCAGCACCUACGCCGCCUCGAUCCGGCGCCUCAGCCGCCGGCUCAAGCGCUGGGACGGGUCCGACCUGGGCGUCGUCCCGCCCGUCAAGCGGCCGCGGCCCCCGCGCCCGGCCAAGGACCCCAACGAGACCGAGGAGGAGGACAUGAUGGACCUGGAGGCGUCGCAGGUCGAGGUCCCCCAGCCCAAGACGAAGCGGCCGUGGGGCGGCGCCCGCGCCAACAGUGGAGGGGGCGGCCGGCACGGGCGCAGCUUCAAGAAGAACAAGAGGGCCGCGGUCGUCGAGGCGACCUCGGCCGCGGCAGCAGCAGCCGCGGCGGCGGCAGAGGACGAGGCGGAGAUCCUCGACGACGUGGACAAGGAGCUGCUCGGCAUGGCGAGCGACCGGGAGGGCGAGAAGGACGGCGAGGACGAGGACGGUGACGACCUGGACGACGUGGACAAGACGCUGCUUGGCAUGGGGGAUGGGUCUGAUACGGAGUGA